AGGUUCUCCAGCUUCUGCUCCAAAGUCCAUUUUCCCUCUUCUCUCUACUAUUCCGCAAGUCUUACUAUCCAAAAGUCCUAUUAAUCUAUCAUUUCCUCGUCCCCAGCGCGAGGAUACUCUAAUUAGCUCACAAUGGCUGAGACCCAGGCUCCCGAGGUUGACUACACCCUCAACAACCCCGACACCCUUACCAAGUACAAGACCGCUGCUCAGAUCUCCCAGAAGGUCUUGGAAGCCGUUUCAGGAUGGUGUAUUGAGGGAAGCAAGAUUGUCGAGCUCUGCCAGAAGGGUGACCAGCUCCUCGAGGAGGAGAUUGCCAAGGUCUACAAGGGCAAGAAGAUCGCUAAGGGUAUCUCUCACCCCACCACUGUCUCCCCCAACUCCUAUGUGACUCCCUACACUCCUUUGGUGUCCGAUGCCGCCGAGGCCGAGACUACCCUGAAGGCCGGUGAGGUUGUUAAGAUUCAGCUGGGUGCUCAGAUCGAUGGCUUUGGAACCAUUGUUUGCGACAUGGUCAUUGUUGCCGACAGCAACUCCUCUUCCGAUGAGGUGACUGGCCGCGAGGCUGACCUUAUUCACGCUACCCACUACGCCAACGAGCUUCUCCUGAGACUGUUGGUUCCUGCCGGUCUUCUGGCCAGCGGUACUGAGGAGGAGAAGCAGAAGGCCGCCGCCCAGAAGCCCUACACUCAGGCCCAGAUCACCCAGCUCAUCGAGAAGGUUGCCAAGGUCUACGACUGCAACGUCGUCGAGAACACCACCAGCUGGCUGUUCCAGCGCAACGAGAUCGAGGGUGAGAAGAAGAUCAUCCUCUCCCCCGGCACUGGUGUCAAGGGUGAGGGUCUUCCCGACGUCGGCGAGGUCUGGGGUAUCGAACUCGGACUGUCCCUUGGAUCCGGAAAGGUCAAGACUCUUCCCCACCGUGCUACUCUGCACCGCCGUACCACCACCACCUAUGGUCUCAAGCGCCCUAGCUCCAGACAGACCCUGUCUGAGGUCGUCAAGAAGUUCGGCACCUUCCCCUUCAGCUUGCGUCAGCUGGAUGACGAGAAGGCCGCCAAGGUUGGUGUCGUCGAGUGUGUCCGUGGUGGUGUCCUGAGACAGUACGAGCCCGCCGGUGAUGCUGACAACGCUGCCGUGUCCCGUGUGCUGUCUACCAUUGCCAUCACCAAGAACGGUAUCACCCGUCUUGCUGCUCCCACCACUCCCGAUCUUACCAAAUUCAAGACCGAUAAGAAGAUUGAGGACGUGGAGAUCCUCGAGAUCCUUGAGCGCCCCUUGGCCAAGUCUACUGGCUCUAAGAAGAACAAGAACAAGAAGAAGAAGGCCGCCAAGACGGAGGACUCCAAGGAUGAGGAGUAAAUGCAUCAUUGCAUCAGGCCUCACUUGACGCAGUUCCGGGAACCGUGUUUUGGCUCACAUAAACGCAUAUGACAACUGUUCGGGGGGAGUUUUGGUGGCUCCAAAGCCCUGGCAAUGUCCGCCAUGAUGGUGCUUUGUUUUGAAAGUCGGAGCCCGUUGGGCCUUCUCCGAGACCGGAGGGUUGUUGUCGCAAUGCUGAACGCCAGAGACAAGUCUGGUGGGAGGACCACCUCUCCCUCGCAGUUCCCUGUUGAAAACAUGCUGUCACAUAAAUUAGUUCAAAAAGAGGAAGAGUUGUAUAUGUCCAGUGGAAACCAAGCCAGAUACAGUUCACCAAUGAAUAUUAUGAUAGCUGGUGCC